UCGCAUAAUUUAGAACUACACCCCCACGUCCUCAGACCAGCGAGUCAGUCGAAAGUGAACGUAAACAUGGUGACUGAGAGGUGAACGCCACGGCAACAUGGUCUUCGAAAGCGUGGUUGUUGAUGUCCUGAAUAGGUUUCUAGGGGACUACGUUGUAAACCUCGAUAGCUCACAACUCAAGCUCGGCAUAUGGGGAGGUAAUGCGGUGCUGAGAAAUCUUGAGAUAAAGGAGAAUGCCUUGAGUCAACUGGACAUUCCUUUCAAAGUGAGAGCAGGGCAUAUAGGACGGUUGGAGCUUAAGAUUCCUUGGAAGAACCUGUACACCCAAUCAGUGGAGGCGACACUGGAUGGAGUCUACCUGCUCAUCGUGCCCACAGCCAGUAUCAAGUACGAUGCGGAGAAGGAGGACAAGCAGUUGCAGGAGGUGCGUCAGAGGGAGCUGCAGAGGAUCGAGGAUACCAAGCAGAAGGCCGCUGAGCAAGAAAACCCCACCUUGGAAAAGCAGGACACCUUUGUGGAGAAGCUGGUCACCCAGGUGAUCAAGAACCUGCAGGUGAAGAUCUCCAACAUCCACGUCCGCUACGAGGAUGACGUCACCAACCCUAACUGUCCUCUGUCUUUCGGGGUAUCCCUUCAAAACCUCAGCCUGCAGACGUGUGACGCAAACUGGAAGCCUUGUCUCCUGAACGAGAAAGCCAAGCUCUUCUUCAAGCUCGUUCAGUUGGACAACCUGUUUGCCUACUGGAAUGUCAAUUCCACCCUCUACUCCAACCACAGCCCAGAUCAGGCCCUGCUAUGUCUCCAGAACAGCAUCACCGCCCAGUGUUCCCUCCCCGGCAACCAUGACUUCAUUUUUCGUCCAAUCACAGCGAACGCCAAGCUGCGUAUGAACCCGCGGUCCGAUGUGGACUUCUCCUCGCCCAAGGUGGACCUGGUGGUCAAACUGAGAGAGGUGGCCAUCGAGCUGAACAGACCCCAGUACAUCAGCAUUCUGGAGCUGCUGGGCUCUGUGGACAUGAUGUCACGCAACCUUCCAUACAGGAAGUACCGUCCAAGAGUCCACGUUCACACCAACGCCUUCCAAUGGUGGCAGUACGUGAUAACGGGCAUCAUGGAGGUCGAUGUGAAGCCCCGGUUGCACAUGUGGUCAUGGAAACACAUCAAGCGUCACCGGGUGACGGUGAAACGUUACCGGGAACGCUACAAGGAGAAGAUCACCAGCAAGAAGCCCCCAGACACCCUGCUCAAGGAACUGGAGGAACACGAGAAGACGCUGGAUAUCUUCAACAUCACUCUGGCCAGACAGCAGGCUGAAAUGGAGGCCAGCAAGGCAGGCCUCCGUAUCUAUCGCCCGGGGCUGAAGAUGGAGGAGGAGGAGUCUCAGAGCUGGUUCGGCUGGGCGUGGGGCUGGGGAGGCAAGGGCGCCACCCAGGCCCAGGAGGUCAAGACCGGAGGGUUUGAUGGGCUGAUGACACCUGCUGAGAAGUCCAAACUCUACACUGCCAUUGGAUACAGCGAGACGGCUGUCAAUCCCAACGUGCCAAAGAAUUUUGAGGACAUGAAGGUCGACUUCCACAUGGAGAAGCUGUCAGUGUCCAUCAAGGACAGCAAGGACAAGGAUGAGAUCAUCAAGCUGACUGUGGAGGAGCUGAAGUCCCUGCUGACCCAGAGGCCUGGGGCUCAGGCCAUUAAGCUGGUUGCCAGGCUGAGUCUGUUUGAGGUGACCGGGCUGUCCAGUAACCGGGUGGCGCCCACGCUGCUGUCGUCGAGGAAGGCUGCCACGGUAACGGGCACUCCCCUGCUGAGCAUCCUGUUUGAGACCAACCCCCUGGACGCCAGCGCCGACCAGAGGCUGAAGGUCCAGUCCCAGCCCCUGGAGAUCAUCUACGACGCUAUAACAGUGAACGGCAUGUCGGCCUUCUUCAUGCCCCCUGACGACAUUCAGCUGGACGAACUAACCAACGCCACGCUGAUGAAGCUGGAGCAGUUCAGAGACAGGACCGCCACAGGUCUGCUGUACGUCAUCGAGACCCAGAAGGUUCUGGACUUGAACGUCAACCUGAUGGCGUCCUACGUGAUCAUCCCUCAGACGGGCUUCUACAGCGGCACCCAGAACGUCGUCCUGCUGGACCUGGGACACUUCAAGGUGACCAGUCAGAGCAGGAAGGGGCUUCCUCAGCUGUCGGUGGGCAGCAGCACCAUCGAUGAGUUCAUGUCCCGCGCCUACGACAGCUUCGACGUGCAGCUCAGCAGCCUGCAGCUGCUGUACAGCAAGCCUGACGGGGACUGGAAGAACGCCCGUAAGCUGAAGAAGUCGUCGCUUCACAUCCUGGAGCCUGUGGACCUGAAGGUGGUGUUCAGCAGGGCCAUGGUGGUGUCCGACCCUCGCAUGCCCAAGUUCAAGGUGUCUGGGGAGCUGCCUCGGCUGUCGGUGCGUAUCUCAGAUGAUAAGGUGCGCGGCGUGCUGGCUCUGAUUGACAGCAUCCCCCUGCCUGAGAGCAGACCAGCCCCUCGCGGCUCCGCAUCACACUCCACACCCAAGGCACCUAAGUCCUACACGCCUCAGCUAACCCCCAGGAAACCAGCUAUAGCUGACCUGAGAUCCUCAAUCAUCUUCGACUCAGGUUCGGAGGAGGAUCUGUUCUAUGAUGCUCCCAGCUCCCCAAUAGGAGACCAGCCCUUCUUCCCAGACAUGCCCAGUCCGCUCCAGCGCUCAGUGUCGGUCAAGAGGAGGGGCCUGGUGAAGAAAGACCCUCAGAAGAACAUGACGGAGCUCCUCGUCAGGUUUGAGAUCAAUGAGGUGUCGGUGCAGCUGUGUCGUCUGAGCGGAGGUGUGGAGGUGUCUGUGCUCCAGCUGGACAUCGAGGGGCUGGGCACAGAGUUCAGCCUGCGCACCUUCGACAUGACCUCCUACACUUUCCUCCGGGAGAUCUGCCUCAAGAGCCCCGAGCACAUGGAUUCUGAAGAGAAGAUGGUUCAUCUCAUCACUACUCUAGACAACACUGAGGAUGACCUGCUCACUCUGGAAUACACCAAGGCUGAUAAAAAUGGUCCAGAAUUCAAGUCCAACUACAACAACACAGAACAACUGAUCAAGGUGAACUUCUCGUCUCUGGACGUGCACCUGCACACAGAGGCGCUCCUCAACGCCAUGAACUUCCUGAACAGCCUCCUCCCCCCCCCCUCCGCCGAGAAGGGGGCGGGGCCAGAGGACCUGCCCACCAUCCCGGAGGAGGACGAGGGAGAGGGGGAUGAGGAGGGGAAGGAGAAAGAGUCCACAGUACCAAAGAAACCAUCUUGUAAGAAGUCCAAGUUUGAGGACGUGGUGAAUUUGCACAUCAGAGCCGACAUGAACUGUCUGAAGGUUUUCAUUCGAGGAGAGAAGGCCAGGAUAGCUGAGAUCUGCAUUGAGGGGCUGUUGUCGGAGGUUCUGAUGAGGAAGAAGGAGAUGGAGGUUCUGGCCAAGCUGAGGAACAUCGUUAUUCUGGACUGUGACAAGGAGGCCCUCUACAAGAAGACGGUGUCCAUAGCUGAUAAGGAGGUGUUUGACUUCCACAUGUUGAACCACACGGACGCCACGGAGGGCGAUGCCUACCUGGAUAUGAUGAAGGUGGACGCCAGCGUCACCCUCACUGUGGGCUGCAUCCAGAUCAUCUUCCUCAACAAGUUUGUCUCCUCCAUACUGGCGUUCAUCAACAACUUCCAGGCAGCGAAGGAGGCUCUGGCGGAGGUGACGGUGCAGGCGGCAGAGAAGGCGACCGUGGGGGUGAUGGAGCUGGCGGAGCGCAGCAGCCGCAUCUCCCUGAGCGUGGACUUCAAGGCCCCGGUGGUGUUCGUCCCCCAGUCCUCCUCCUCCCCCAACGUCAUUGUGGCCGACCUGGGCAUGGUCACCGCCAAGAACCGCUUCACCACCGUGGACGAGCGCAAGCACGGGACCAUCCCGCCCGUGGUGGACACCCUGAUGGUGGCGCUGAGCGACCUCAAGCUGUACAGGACCACGUUUGAGCGCGGGGUGUUCCAGGGGGAGAUCCAGCUGCUGAAGCCGGUGAACCUUGACCUCUCCAUCAGGAGGAACCUGGCUUCCUCCUGGUACCACCUCAUCCCAGACAUCGAGAUCAAGGCUCACCUCAAACCCAUGAACCUGAUCCUGAGCCAGGACGACCUGACGGUGGUCCUGAGGACUCUGAGUGAGAACCUGGCAGAGACGUCGGACGCCGUGCCCCCCCCUCCCCCUCGCCUGCCCCCCCCGGCUGACCGCUCCGACACCACCUCCACCAGGGGCUCCCAGGGCUCCGGGGCCAACGCCCCCAGCAGCGGCACCACGGUGGUGACAGCAGCUGUGGUGGAGCACCAGAAGACCAUCAAGCUGAAGAGCACCCUCAAACUGGACUUCAAGUUCGACUCCCUGACCCUGGUGCUCUACACUCCUAAUGGGAACGAGGUGCAGGUGCUGGACUCGAGGCAUGAGCAGCUGAAGCUGGCUGAGGUCACCCUGGGGACCAUCUCCACCCUGGUGGACAUGCUGUCUGACGGCUCCAUGAAGGCCUGCGUCAAGCUCACCAACUGUCUGCUGGACGACAAGAGGCCCAGGAUCAACAUGGUCACCCCCAGGAUGAUGGCGAUGCGCCCGGGGACAGAGAAGAACGUGAUGGUGGUGGUGAACUACCGGGCGGGCCGUGACGGCACCACUCUGGAUACGCUGGUGCAGGACGUGUACCUCUGCGCCAGCAUGGACUUCCUGCUCACCGUGGCAGACUUCUUCCUCAAGGCCAGCCAGCAGGGCUUCUCUGGGCCUGCCGCCACGCCCAGACCCAGCAGCACCAAGCACAGCAGCAACAACGCUGGGAAAGAGCCUGUGUCCUCUGCUCCCGUGGUGUCCAAGAUGGACAUCAAUGUUCUGGUGAAGAACCCUGAGAUCGUGUUCGUGGCCGACCUCACGCGUGCCGACGCCCCCGCCCUCGUCAUGACGACGGAGUGCGAGCUGGUGAUGAGGAGCGACCCCGGCGGCCAGCUGAUAACCGCCAGCAUCAAAGACCUGAAGGUGGUGGCUUGUCCCUUCCUGAGGGAGAAGAGGAGGAACAACGUGACCACGGUGCUGCUGCCCUGUCAGGUGUUCUUCAGGAGCUCCCAGCCCACCGGCUCCCCUCAGGCCAUGGAGGUCUCCAUCCAGGACCUCACCCUCAAGGUAUCCCCCAUCAUCAUCAACACGGUGAUCACCAUCCAGUCAGUCCUCAGCCCCGCCGCUGAGACGCCCCAGGAGGAGGACAGCCCCGCUGCCCUGGCGCUGUGGGAGAAGCAGGGCUGGAAGGAGAUGAACCUCUGGUUCCUGGAGGAUCAGUGUCAGGAGGACGCCCAGUCCCUGGCCCCCCUCAUCCCCCAGGGGGAGUCGCUGCAGGUGAGCAUCAGCUCUAUCUGCCUGACGCUGGAGGCAGGGGUGGGGCACCGCACCGUGCCCAUGCUGCUGGCCAAGUCCUCCUUCUGUGGAGACGUCAAGGACUGGAGCACCCUCAUCAACCUGCACAGCCAGCUCAACCUGGAGCCGCUGAAGGACGCCGUGACGUCGUCGCACACGGGCGGAGCCGGGGAGCACUUUGACCAACCUUACGUCCUGCACCUGUGGCCCUCCUUCCUGCUGCGCAACCUGCUUCCCUACCCCCAUCACCUACAGACUGCACAGGACAGCGGAGACUCCGCCUCCACCCUGAGCGAGGGCCACUCCGCCCAGCUCCACACGGCCGUCAUCAACCAGUCCAGCCUGGAGCUCCGCCUCCUGGAUUACCUCUCCCAGGAUUGGUCGGCCGAGUACAGUCUCCACAGCAACCAGGAAGAGAUCACCUUCCUCGUGUUCCGCUCGCUUCACAUGGAGGAGUAUCACUCCGGGCAGGACGCCGAGGGAGAGGACAGGAAGAGGGCGGAGCUAGACAUUGCGGUUCACGUCAAGUACGAGGCCGGCCAGGCAGUGGUCGCCAUCCACUCUCCUUAUUGGAUGGUGAACAAGACAGGCAGGCUGCUGCAGUACAAGGCUGACGACAUCCAUCGCAAACACCCGCUGGACUAUGACAUGCCCCUGCUGUUCUCCUUCAAGCCGCACAACUUCCUGCAGAACAACAAGGUGCGUCUGAUGAUCUCAGACAGCGACCUGUCGGACGACUUCUCCUUGGAUACCGUCGGGAGCUACGGCGACGUGAAGUGCAAGGGCAGGGUGAAAGACUACCUGGUGGGCGUGAAGAUCGACGCGAGCAGCUUCAGUUUGACCCGCCUCGUGACCUUUGUGCCGUUCUACAUGCUGGUGAACAGAACCAAGCUCACCAUCCUGGUCAGCGAGGAGGGCCAGGAGAACUGGACCGAGGCCAAGCCGGAACAGUUUGCCAUCCCGUUCUGGCCAGAGAAACACGCCAAGAAGCUGAAGGUGAAGGUAGACGGCUCUCAGUCGGCCCACCAAACCAUCGACUUCACCCACCCCGAAAACUGCCUACUUCUGCACCUGGACAACACUCUGGGCGGGAUCAUCGUGGACGUGAACCUCACGGAACACUCGGCCGUGAUCCGUUUCUCUGACUACCAUGACGGUGCCGCGCCCUUCCUCAUCAUCAACCACACCAAGGACAUGACGCUGGAGUUCUACCAGAGCGGCAGGAGGGACUCCUCAGUGUGGGUGGCCCAUGAUCUUCUGGACCUCUCCUUCUCUGAGCAGGAGGACGAGACCAGCUCCCAGAAGGAGAGGGACUCGCUGGAGCCAGGCAGGGCUGUGUACUACACCUGGGCGGAGCCCACAGGCUCCAGGCAGCUCAAGUGGACCUGUGGCUCCUACAGCGGAGAGCUGAAGAGUGAGGAGGACCAGCGUGUGGACGUGAACAAAGAGGGCAACCUCUUCUUCAUCUCCUUCUACGAGGGCCUCCAGAGGGUGGCGCUGUUCACCCAGGAGCGCCGGGUCUACAGGCAGCUGUGUGAGAGCGAGAAGGCAGAGAUGGCCACACAGGAAGUCAUCCUCUCCCUCCAGAAUGUGGGUGUGUCCCUGGUCAACAACAGCAGCAGCCAGGAAGUGUCUUUCAUCGGCAUCACCAGCUCUGACGUGGUAUGGGAGUGCAAACCAAAGAAGAAAUCUCGCUGGAAAACCUUGAACGUGAAGGACACUGAGAUGCUGGAGAAGCUGUUCAGGGAGUACGUAGAGAGCGGACCUGUGGACAACCUGAUACAGGACCUGGACAACAACUUCCAGGUGUCCCUGACUCCUAACGGGCUGGACAUGAGGAUGCUGCAGCCGUACGACUCCCCGCUCAGGAGGAACUACCUGCCGGGCGUCAAGGUGGAGUACAGCAUGUCGGCCCACCAGAGCGCCUACCGGGUCCAGAUCAACCGCAUACAGAUCCAGAAUCAGCUGCCAGGAGCCAUUUUCCCCUAUGUGUUCUACCCGGUCAAGCUGCCCAAGUCUGUCACCAUGGACUCAGAGCCCAAACCGCUGACUGACAUCAGCAUCAUCACCAGGGCUGCCGGACACUCCGACAUCUCACGCAUCAAGUAUUUCAAGGUUCUGAUCCAGGAGAUGGACCUGAAGCUGGACCUGGGGUUCCUGUACGCCAUCUUGGAUCUCUUCACCCCAGAGAACGCCAGCGUGAUGACAUCAGAGCAGGAGGUGGAGCUGUUUGAGAAGGAUAUAGAGUACCUGAAGACAGAGCUGAACCAUGUGUCUGCGACUGACACCUCCCCCAUCAGCCUCUACGAAUACUUCCACAUCUCUCCCAUCAAGCUGCACCUGAGCUUCUCCCUGAGUUCUGGAGGGGAGGAUGGGAACAAGGAGAAGAGAGAGACUGAGGUCAUCCCGGUCCAGUCUCUCAACCUGCUGCUGAAGAGCAUCGGAGCCACGCUCACAGACGUCCAGGAUGUGGUCUUCAAACUGGCCUUCUUCGAGUUGACCUUCCAGUUCCGCACCCACCAGCAACUGCAGUGGGAGGUCAUCAGACACUACUCCAAACAGGCCAUCAAGCAGAUGUACGUGCUGGUGCUGGGGCUGGACGUCCUGGGGAACCCGUUCGGCCUGAUCAGGGGGCUGUCCGAGGGCGUGGAGGCCUUCUUCUACGAGCCCUACCAGGGAGCUAUCCAGGGGCCAGAGGAGUUUGUGGAAGGAAUGGCCCUCGGAGUGAAGGCGCUGGUAGGAGGGGCUGUUGGGGGCAUAGCGGGCGCCGCCUCCAGGAUCACGGGCGCCAUGGCGAAGGGCGUGGCUGCCAUCACGAUGGACGAGGAGUACCAGCAGAAGAGACGAGAGGCCAUGAACAAGCAGCCCAGCGGCCUGAGAGAGGGCCUGACCCGGGGGGGCAAGGGGCUGGUCUCUGGCUUUGUGAGUGGGAUCACAGGGAUCGUCACCAAGCCCAUCAAAGGGGCCCAGAAGGAGGGGGCUGUGGGCUUCUUUAAGGGCGUAGGGAAGGGGCUUGUGGGGGCCGUGGCUCGCCCCACCGGAGGCAUCAUAGACAUGGCCAGCAGCACCUUCCAGGGCAUCAAGAGGGCGGCAGAGACGUCGCAGGAUGUGGAGUCCCUACGCCCGCCUCGCUUCAUCCACGAAGACGGGGUCAUACGACCAUAUAAGGAAAUAGAGGGCAUCGGCAGCCAGAUGCUACAGAAAAUUGAGAACGGGCGCUUUGCCAGGUAUCGGUAUUUCGCCCACGCGAAGAUCAACGACUCGGACUUCCUGAUGAUCACAAAGAGGGGGGUCUUCUUCGUGACCAGGGGCACGUUCGGCCAGCUCACCUGUGAGUGGCAGUACCUCUUCGACGAGUUCACCAAGGAGCCAAUGAUCGUGGAGGGGCGGAGACUUCGCAUCGAGGCCAAGGAGAGAGUAAAAUCAGUGUUUCAUGCCAAAGAGUUUGGGAAGAUCAUCAACUUCAAGACUCCUGAUAUUGCCAAGUGGGUUCUUUGCAAACUCGAGGACGCCAGAGAGAGUUUGCCCAAAUACUGACAGCUCAGCCUGAACACUACAAGAAGGGAUCAACGCACAGUAAUGCUGACACACACACACACACACACACACACAUACUGCUCCUGUGUGUCAGUGCCUUUUCCCCCUGCAUGAUGUACAGUAAUGCACCAGUGACUGGUUGUACAAACGACUAUAGUUCUGCCAUAGACUGUUAGUGCGUGUUUGUGUGCGCGUGUGUGUGUGUGUGUUGUGGAUUAAGGGAAUAGGGUGUGCCUGUAUCAUUAUACUUACUGUAAGGGAACAAGUAAUCAUGUGCUCCACUAAUGCAUAAAUCUGUAGUCUUAACACACACGCACACACACACCCAGAACGGCACUUACCGGCGGUCAAGUUACUGGCUUCUUUUAAAUGGAAACGUGUGGUGGAACAGCCUGACCUCUCUCUCACAGGCCGGUUUGUUUCACCGGGAAGGUGACCCUCACCCCCCCUCCAUCCUCUACUCCCUGUGUUUUUCACAUCCUCCUGCGACACAAGACUGUUCCGUGACGAAGAGUAGCAUGCUAUUUUUCUAUGCGUCUAAUCCCAUCUACAGGUUGCAACUCCUUCGCGUGUGCGUGUGUAUAUUUAAUAGUCUUUGAUUAUGCAUCUGGUACUGAGCAGGUUGGGUCAGGUUUACAUGGUUUCACACUACGGCUAUGCAACGUCAGCUAAGACAAAGAGUUGUCUUACGGAAGGAAAAGGAAUAUAUAAUGUGAUUGUUAUAAGCCGUGCUUUUAUUUCAUGUGCUGGUUCUAAUGGUUACCUGUGUUUUGGAUGCACUGCAACUACUGUUAAUAGCACUGCCAGAGGAGUUUUGUUGUUUGUCUGUUUAUUUCGGCUUGUUUUUAAUUAAAUAAAAUAUCUGUAUUUCUCAUGA